AUGUCAAGACUAGUAAAGGCGGCAGUGACUACAAAAUCGAGGGCAACCCCUUUUCUCAAGGAUAUACAAUUGCAACCUGCAGAGGAGGAUGAAGUUGUUGUAAGGGUGGCAGCAAGUGGUUAUCAUCAUUUGGUCAGGGGAAGGGCAUCAGGUAACCACUAUUCUGUUCUGGGUAGUGAAGAUGAUAGAAUAGUAGGAGUUGAUGGAGUAGGAUAUAUUGAAGGGAAAAAUGAUUUGGUCUACUUUACUACUUUUGCGCCUGGCUUGGGAUCAUACGCUCAGUAUGUUAAUGUCAAAAAAGAAAACAUUCACCAGCUUCCAAGUAAUUAUACCUCAAAGGAAGCAAUAGCAAGGGUUGCUGCUUUAUCAAAUGGAGUAAUGUCAUCGUAUUUUGCCCUUGGUCCGAGGAUGCCGACAUUGGUUAAGAAUCCUAUCGUUGCGAUAUUGGGUGUUACUGGAACAUCGGGUCAAUUGGCAAUUCAAGUCAGUAAGAAUAUAUUUAACGCCCAAAAGGUUAUAGGUAUUUCAAGAUCGGGUCAAGAUUUAAGGGAAUUGCAACAAAAUCAACCAUUAUUAGAUGAGAUUGUGUCGUUUGAAGAGAAUGACCAAGAUAUUAUUAGAAGCGGAAAGCUAGACGAAGUUGAUGUUGUUUUGGAUUAUGUGUGGGGUGAGCCUGCAUUGAGAUCAAUGGGAAACUUCAUCAAUUCUAGGAAAGAUAAAACGAAAUCUUUAAGUUGGAUCCAGAUAGGCCAAAUGUCUGGUGCAGAAGUUUCGGUUCCUGCUGCGUAUUUAAGAAGUGCAAAUUUUUCGAUAUUAGGUAGUGGCCUAGGACCAUUAACCGACUCAGAUAUGUCUGAUGUAUUCAAAGAGAUCACAGCCGCUUUAGCAGAAGGGAUUCUCGAUUCAAAAAUAGAAGCAGUACCUAUUGAAGACAUCGAAACCGAAUGGAAGAAACCUUUUUCCAAGUCCGUCAGAAAGUACUUUACAUUUACUGACUGA